CCCACAGCCCCUUGCAAUGAGAUUGAUGCGAACUGCCUCUGACAUCACACUGGGCUGCCACAACCCAAGGACUACUUGGCAAUAUCAGGAACUUUAGAUACAUCUAGGGAAGAAGCUCACCUUUAGAACUCUUGUGGGAAAGUCUGAAAAUUAAAUAGGGCCUUCAGUGGCCUUGGGUUAUUCACUACAAAGGGGUUUCACAGAUUCCCAGGAUUUCUAUUUUAAUUUUAAUUUUCUUUGAUGUCUUCUUUUAAAAAACUGGACAAUUGAAAUUUAGACAGUUAGUUCACAAAGAAGUUGGCUGGAUGUUGCAAGCUUGCAAAAUGGAAGGAUUCCCCCUCAUUCCCCCUCCCUCUGAAGAGCUGAUAUCCUAUGACUCAGACCCCUAUAGACAGUCCCAUGACAGUUACCAGUAUCUCAACAGUGAUGCAGAUAGUCAUGGUGCAGGUGAAUUGCUUUUAUCUCCAGCAGACCACUAUUGGGAAUAUCACCACCAUCCCUUGCACUCUGAUUUUGAGACCUUUGGGGACAACCACUUUGCAGAACUCCAAAGUGUACAGCCACCACAGCUGCAGCAGCUCUACCGGCACAUGGAGAUUGAACAGAUGCAUGUUCUAGACUCUGGCAUCCCCGUUACACACCUUGGGCUUGGCCACAACCACCAGGUUACUUUUGUACCUCGCAUGUGUGUGUACCCCCCUCAUCCACGCAGUUCAGAUGAAGAAGACCUAGAAAGACAGAGCCCCCCACUGGAAGUAUCAGAUGGGGAGACUGAUACUGGGGAAACUGUUCCUGGAAUUAUGAAUGGAGAAGCAGGCAGUAAGAAAAAAAUCCGACUGUAUCAGUUUCUUCUCGACCUACUUCGGAGUGGAGAUAUGAAGGACAGCAUCUGGUGGGUAGAUAAGGAAAAGGGGACUUUCCAGUUCUCCUCCAAACAUAAAGAAGCCCUGGCUCACCGCUGGGGCGUUCAGAAAGGUAACCGCAAGAAAAUGACCUACCAGAAAAUGGCACGAGCAUUGAGAAAUUACGGCAAGACUGGAGAGGUCAAGAAAGUCAAGAAGAAGUUGACCUAUCAGUUUAGUGGUGAAGUGAUGGGCAAGGGCGGCAUGGAGAGAAAGCACUAUGCUCUUUGAAUGGAAGUCCUGAAUUUUGAAAAGUCAAAAAAUAAGGAUACAUGAGCUGGACUUAUGGCACUGAUGAAUGGCCGAACAAUACAUGUAACCCUAUGCCUGCCAUACCUGCCAUUUUGAGAUAUUCCAAAAUCGAAUGCCUUUGGUACGAAUUUCUUUCUUCCAACAAGCUGGCCAUAGCUGCGGGUUUUAAAAAGGAAAGAAAUGUAUAGCUAUGUCAUUUUGAGAAAGUAUGCUCUAAUUAAAAUAUGAGCUUGGAUGAAAGAUGUUUUUUGUCCUUUGCUUACAGCUUUUGAAGCAGCAUUAAUGGCUCUGCUAUAUUUCUCUAUAGCUAAAGAGAAAUUUGCAGGUUCUGAAAAUAUGCCUAAUGAUAUUAAUAACGUGUAAAUAUUUUUUUAAAGUGAGAUAUAUUCUGAAUGCUUAUUCUCUGCUUUUCUGGAUACGAUUAUUUUGUUUUAUUCCUCAUCUUAUUUUUUCAAAUUAAUGGAUCAAAUUGUGAUUAAGGGCCCUUCCAGACAGUCCCAAAAUGCGGGAUCUGUCUCGGUUGUUACCGGAGGCAUCCAAACAAUGCCUCCUGUAAAAAUGAAUUAAUUCAUUUAAAUUAAGUACCUCAUUAGAUCUGGGCCUCAAAUACCUCGUUAGAUCUAGGCCUUUCUUAAAGGUGAGUCUCCCAGGUGUGAGCCUCCACAGUCAUCUUGCUUCUUCGGGCUUUGAAAAGCCCAGAGGAGCAGGAUGGUGCCUCCCUUCCCCCCAGCUCCCCAUUUUGCACUAAAUCUUACUUUUAAAGUCCUUGGCCACCUUUAAUCCUCCUCUUGUAUCCUCCUAGCUCGAAAAAAAAUGGUGUGCAAGCAGAAAGGGGGUGAGGAGGGAUUUUUCUCCUCAAUCCUCCCAUCUUCUCAGGCAUCAUUUUCUCGCAUCAGGAGAAUGUGAGAAAAGGAUUGACGGUGGCCAGGGACCUUGCUAGUAAGCUUUCACAAGUAGAUUGGGGGCUUCAGGGUAGCUUCAUGCUAUCCAGAUUUCAAUUGGGAUGGCAUGUAGCCACCCCAAAUUCCCCCCCACCCCCCACCCCCCCGGGAAAGCUUGCGGUUUGGGUGUGUGAGUGGGAACUAGAACCUGUGCUGAAGCGGGUUAUUUAAACCUGCUUCAGCAUGGGUUUUCUGCCUAUGUAGAAGCACCCUAAAUGAGAAUAUCAAUCUGACUGACCACCUGUGAAGCACAGUUAUAAAGGGAACCUGCAAUUGCAUUUUGUCAUGACAAUGGCAACUUCUUUUAUUUUUAAAUACAUAUUCCAUUCACAGAAUCAUGAGUUGGAAGAGACCGCAUGGCCAUCUAGUCCAACCCGUCUUUUUCCACAUCCAUAAUCCCCACUUUAAAGGCCUACAGUAUUUGUUUAUUUAUAUAUCUGUUUUAAGUAUUUGCAGAAUUUGGAAGGACUUCUAAAGGCAAUUCCAAACUAAAAGAUUGUAAACUAACCUAAAUCCCUUCUACAUCACCAUAUAAUCCAGAUUAUCAAAGCAGAUAAUCCACAUUGAAUUGGAUUCUGUGAGUCUACACUGCCAGAUAAUCCAGUUUAAAGCAGAUAAUCUGGAUUUUAUAUGGCAAUGUAGAAAGGGCCUAAGAAGGGUCAGUUUCUCUCACUAUUUGGAAGGCAGACUAUCUGGGAGUACCAAGUACUGUUCAGAGAAAGUCAGUGGUAAACUACCAAUGAUUUUAAAUUCAUGGAUUUUCACGUCAACAGACAACUUGAAGGCACCUAUCGUAUUUCACCAAUUUUAAGCUUUAGGGGCUCCAAAAAGAGGGCAGUACUUUACAAUUGAUGGUGCCUUAGAUUUGAGGGUUUCAGGUGUUUUCUUUAAUUAGCUUACCUCUGAGGCUGGAUCUACACUGCCGUAUAUCUCAGGAUCUGAUACCAGAUUAUCUGCUUUGAACUGGAUUAUAUGAGUCUACACUGCCAGAUAAUCUGGUAUAAUCAGAUAACCCCGGGAUAUAGAGCAGUGUGGAAGGGGCCUGAGAGAGGAAGAGAAGAAGGAAGGGUCCUAGCUCUCGAUGGCUGCAGUUUGGGAUUUUUAAAAAUUGGUUCACUUCCAAGAAAGGAGAAGGGGGAGAGGCUGGCUGAGCUAAGCGCCAUUUCCUGCUCCCCCAAUGGCCCAUCAAACUGGUAAAAAAAUGCAUGCAGAUAAGAUGACUUCCAGGUUGAAACAAAAACAAGCAUUAUGCUUGCAGGAGAAAUUCAUAAUCACUAAGCAUUAGUCCAGUGAUUCCCAACCUUUUUUCUUUUUUCUUUAUUUUUUGACAAAUAAUUCUUAUGAUUCAAAAAGUGAACUGCUUUUGUAGAGAAAGCCUAAAAUGCCAUUAUUUGAUCAAAACAAGGUUCCAAAGAAUAUGGCCUCCAUGACAGAGCAUAAUAAAAGACCAAAUUUAUUUGAGUAAUCUGUAUCGAAUUCACAAUAUUUAUUUAUAGUCUUUAAAUGUUUUACUUUAUUAAUUAAUUUUAUCCAAUUGUCUAUUUCUCUCUAACUUAAUUCCUCUGUCCAGACUUCUAUCAGGUUAUAUUUUGGUCUGUAUUUUUUUCUGUGAUUAUUUUGUAUAUGAAUCCCAUAUUUCCUUUCUCCUUCUCUACUUUCCAUUUUAUUAUUUUGCCAGGAUCUGUUUCUUUACUUUUCCAUUCUUUUAGCUUUUUAGACAACCCUCCCUAUAGUAUCCAGUUUUCACGCUUGCACUUGUGAAUAUUAACUGGUGAAUAUUAAACUACAUUUUAAUUGUG